CAAACUUGGCAUAGUUCACGACAUACGUCAGUUUUUUCGCAGCGGAAAGGAAGGGGUCAUUGUUUGACGUCACUGAUGACGUAUUUUUACAGCUUCACACAUAGGUUAGACAUGCGCCCUUCCAUGACCCCCUACAGCGCUACGGUUGGCAAGAACGCCAUUGCAAUCAUGGCGGAGCUUAACAGCAGCCUGACAGCCAUGGACUGGCUGCCUAAGCUUAGCGUAGGUACUGCUUUGAACAGUGCCAACGCUAAAAUGUCGAAUAACAAUAACGAUCCGAGCAAGGACAAAAGUCCGUUUCGAAAACCGCCGAGCUCACCUCUCGAUCCGAAUGCGACCUUGGACGACGACGAGGCACAACAACACAAAACCCGCGAAAGCAAACCACCUUACUCUUACGCCAACUUGAUCACCUUCGCAAUAAACAGCUCGCCCAAGAAGAAAAUGACACUGAGCGAGAUCUAUCAGUGGAUCUGCGAGAAGUUUCCGUACUACAAGGAGGCUGGAAACGGCUGGAAGAAUUCGAUCCGGCAUAAUCUGUCGUUAAAUAAAUGCUUUAUGAAAGUACCCAGAAGCAAAGAUGACCCAGGAAAGGGAUCGUACUGGGCAAUUGAUCAGAAUCCACAGGACGAUCACGCUCAUUCCAGGCAAAACAGGAAAAGACGAACAAGCGAUUCACGGUUAUCACCAUAUGGACCAGAGGAUGGCCGUGUAUCUCCAAUAAGCCCCCAGUCAUCCCCAUGUGGCUCUCCAGCAUCUCCAACACUGGCUUCAUUGCAGUCCAGUGGUGGAUAUUAUGGUUCCUCUCCCACCAACCAAAGUUUCUUAGGAAUGUCAGCCGGGGUGUCCCCUGGUUCAUCGCCCAACACAAGCAUGGGUGGGUUUGGUACUUCACAAAACUAUGGAGAACCACCAAGAAAGAUUUUUUCUGAAGUGGCAUUUGAAGAUCUGAGUGCAUCCUUUAAGAAUCUUUACAAAUCUGUAUUUGAUGCAUCCCACGGAGGAGACAAUUAUGGUAAGCAGCGCAGGAAUUAUUUUCUGAUCAAAAUAUAGGACUUCUGUGCCAUUAUCAACUGCAGUUAAAGUCAUGUUUUUUUUUUUUAGUUGUCAGUAUUGCUCUUUUGGGUACACGUAUUCUCUUUGUAAUUUUGCCAUGUCGCAGAUUAAAUCUUCCUCAUGUUUUGGUCAAGUGCAGCAUAAUUAUACAAAGAUACUACUGUACACAGCAUGGGAAGAUACCGUAAACACCGGCAAAUAAGCCGCACCUUUUUGCUCAAAACUUUCCUUAAAAAUCGGGGAUGUGGCUUAUCUGCAAGAACAUCUAGACAGUGUGUCAAAAAUUUGCAUAAAUUAACACUUAUCAUCAGAAAUUUGUAAGUUUGUAUAAGCAAACUAAUGAGAACUUCAUAAGACUGUAAUAAUAUCAGAGUUUGCAUCGAUCAUUGCUUUUACAAGUUUGGUGGCUUCUAAAAAAGCUGUUUUUGUUGGUAAGCAUACCGUAAGCUUACAUUUCUUGCUGUUAAACAGCAUUAAACCUUUGUUAAAAAAUCUUUUAGCCAGUUGAAGGUCUCCAUUCUAGAGCAGUUAAUUGUUGCACAGCAGCAAAUCUUCAUUCUGCCAGAAAGCUGUAGAGCUGUGAUCAAAGAAAGCUUUGAAAGCUACUUUUGUCCAUCUCCUGGUGAAAUGCCUGGUUACUAAGCUGCAAGC